AUGAAGGGCGACACGCGCCAGCUGAGCGGAGAGGAGGAGGUCAGCGGGAGGGAAGACUCCAUCCUGACCAACGGGGCCUGCAGCGACCAGUCCUCGGACUCCAAGGAUGCCCCGUCACCCCCGAUCCUGGAGGCCAUCAGCACCCCGGAGAUCAGAGCCACAGGCCGAAGAUCGAGUUCCCGACUGUCCAAGAGGGAGGUGUCCAGCCUGCUGAGCUACACACAGGAUCUCACCGGCGAGAGAGACGACGGGGAAGACGGAGAAGGCUCCGACACGCCAGUGAUGCCGAAACUCUUCCGGGAAACCAGGACGCGCUCCGAAAGCCCAGCCUCCCUGCAGCGCCGCACAGAGUCCUCGGCCAGCACCCCGUGGCCGUCACCCUCCAGCUCUUACCUCACCAUCGACCUGACGGAGGACGACGUGAUCCCACAAAACAGCAGCACGCCCUACACCAGCCUGGUCACCGAGGGCCCGCAGGAGGGCCCGGAGUCCCCCCACGCGCGGGAUGCUGACAGCCGAGACAUAGAGAGCACCGAGUACCAGGAUGGGAAGGAGUUUGGAAUUGGGGACCUCGUGUGGGGAAAGAUCAAGGGCUUCUCCUGGUGGCCGGCCAUGGUGGUGUCCUGGAAGGCCACAUCCAAGCGCCAGGCUAUGUCCGGGAUGCGCUGGGUACAGUGGUUUGGUGAUGGCAAGUUCUCUGAGGUCUCCGCAGACAAACUGGUGGCCCUGGGGCUGUUCAGCCAGCACUUUAACCUGACCUCCUUCAACAAGCUGGUCUCCUACAGAAAGGCCAUGUUCCAAGCCCUGGAGAGAGCCCGGGUAAGGGCCGGCAAGAACUUCCCCAGCAACCCAGGAGAGUCACUGGAGGACCAGCUGAAGCCCAUGCUCGAGUGGGCUCAUGGGGGCUUUAAGCCUACCGGGGUUGAGGGCCUGAAACCCAACAACAAGCAACCAGGGAAUAAGACACGCAGACGCACCGGGAACGCAGACGACUCCGUGGCCUCCGACUACUGCCCCCAACCCAAGCGCCUGAAGACAAACUGCUAUAACAACGGCAAGGACCGAGGGGACGAGGAACAGAGUCGAGAGCAAAUGGUUCUGGAUUUGACCACCAACAAGAACAGUCUGGACGAGAGCUGCUUGUCCUGUGGAAAGAAAAACCCCAUAUCCUUCCACCCACUCUUUGAGGGGGGUCUCUGCCAGACAUGCCGGGACCGCUUCCUCGAGCUCUUCUACAUGUACGACGAUGACGGCUACCAGUCCUACUGCACCGUGUGCUGCGAGGGCCGCGAGCUGCUGCUCUGCAGCAACACCAGCUGCUGCCGGUGCUUCUGUGUGGAGUGCCUGGAGGUGCUGGUGGGCGCUGGAACUGCCGCGGACGCCAAACUGCAGGAGCCCUGGAGCUGCUACAUGUGCGUCCCCCAGCGCUGCCACGGUGCCCUGCGGCGGCGCAAGGACUGGAACACGCGCCUGCAGACCUUCUUCACCAGCGACCCGGGGCUCGAAUACGAAGCCCCCAAAUUAUACCCUGCGAUCCCUGCCGCCCGGAGACGGCCCAUCCGCGUCUUGUCCCUGUUUGAUGGCAUUGCAACAGGUUACUUGGUCCUUAAAGAACUGGGCAUCAAAGUCGAGAAGUAUGUGGCCUCAGAAGUGUGUGAGGAGUCCAUCGCUGUGGGCACAGUGAAACACGAGGGGAACAUCAAAUACGUGAACGAUGUCCGGAACAUCACCAAGAGAAACAUUGAAGAGUGGGGCCCCUUUGACCUGCUGAUCGGCGGCAGCCCAUGCAAUGACCUCUCCAACGUGAACCCUGCCCGGAAGGGUCUGUAUGAGGGCACAGGCCGGCUAUUCUUCGAGUUCUACCACCUUCUGAAUUACACACGCCCCAAGGAGGGUGAAGACCGGCCCUUCUUCUGGAUGUUCGAGAAUGUGGUGGCCAUGAAGGUUGGCGACAAAAGGGAUAUCUCCCGCUUCCUGGAGUGCAAUCCGGUCAUGAUCGAUGCCAUCAAAGUAUCUGCGGCACACAGAGCUCGCUACUUCUGGGGCAACCUGCCCGGGAUGAACAGGCCCGUGAUAGCAUCAAAGAAUGAUAAACUCGAGCUACAGGACUGCUUGGAAUUCAAUAGGACAGCAAAGUUAAAGAAAGUACAGACAAUAACCACCAAGUCGAACUCGAUCAGACAAGGGAAAAAACAACUUUUCCCUGUUGUCAUGAAUGGCAAAGAAGAUGUUUUGUGGUGCACUGAGCUAGAAAGGAUCUUCGGCUUUCCCGUGCACUACACGGACGUGUCCAACAUGGGCCGCGGAGCCCGCCAGAAGCUGCUGGGGCGGUCCUGGAGUGUGCCUGUGAUCCGACACCUCUUUGCCCCCCUGAAGGACUACUUUGCCUGUGAAUAGUUGCCCCCAUGGGUCUGCUGGGGUACCCAGGGCCCUGGGUGGAGCCUGGACCCAGGAGCUGCUGCCUGUCCUCAGCUCAGCCAUGAGGUGCCGCACUGCUUACCUCAGUGGGAGCCAACAGCCACCCCCCUCCUGGCAGGGGGCACCCAGGUGCACGUGCACGCACACACACACACACAUGCACAUGCACACACACACACACACACACACACACACACACAAACACACACACACCCCUACCUGGUCGCUCAGCGCGGCCGACUCGGUGCUCUUUUUUGUCUUCUCAAACUUUAAAACUUGAAGUAGGUUAUAGUAAGAUGGCUUUUUUUCCCCAUCCUGGGUCGACGCUCAGAAAAACGAUGGCUAAGAUACCAAAACCACAGGGCCACGGAGCUCCGUCUCCCAGGUCCACUCGAUUAUCCCACUCAAGACACUGUCUUCUCAGGCCCUGGCUCCCUGGGGUGCCACCCUGCACCUUUUUUUGUUGUUGUUGUUUGUCAAGGCCUAGGAUGUUGGUGUUUGAGUCCAGCUCCCUCCCCCACCACCUCUCUUAGGGCCACCAGAUGAGGAAAUGUCUUGAAUUGCCCCCCACCUGUCCCCCUGCCCUCAAUAUCAUGGGCUGGAAUUGGGGGCCUUUAUAUUUUUCCAAAAGUCAGUCGGCCUGACAUUAUCAUUAAGGUUUGUUCUUGCCCACAGGGCUAAGGGCAGCGCCAGCCUGGGCCUGUCCUUCCCAGGGACUACAGGAGACUGGCCUCAGGAGGCCUCUGAGCUGGACGCUGCUGCAGAUGCUCUCCCUGGCUCCCUGGACCUCUCCAGAGGAGCCCAGGCGCAGUCCCCAGAGACGCCAGACCUCCUUCUCCUUUUCUCAGCUUCCUCUGCACCCUGCACCCAGUAGCCAGGCAGGGCCGUGCCCAAAGGUCUCCAGCAGCCC